GGUACAAUUUGUUUGUUGAUUUGAGCAACUCAGGUGUAACUGAAGGGUUUCAAUGGCUCUUUAGUUGGGCCAGAAAGGCACAUAUGAACCUUUAGUUGGGCCUUCAGUCGAGAUCGAAGACUUCUGCUCGCGGAGAAUACUCUCCCGGUCCCGACCGAUGCCGCUUCCUUCCCCCGUCCGCCGACGGCGCAUCCUCCUCCUCUUGUAGCUGGUCGCAGAUUGAGUGCGAGUCAUGGAUAUUAUCUCUCAACUACAAGAGCAAGUGAACGCCAUGGGCUUGCUUAUCUUGAAUACCUUUGGAACCCUGCAGAGAGAUGCUCCCCCUGUCCGUCUGUCACCUAACUAUCCUGAGCCAGCAGCUAAUGCUUCAGAAGAGACCAUUGACAUUAUGGAGCAUCCAAAGACAAUGAGUACCGCUCUAGUUGAAGCUGCAAAGAAGCAGUUUGAUGUCCUUGUUACCGCCUUGCCCUUAUCAGGGGAAGAGGCUCAGCUCAAAAGAAUUGCAGAACUCCAGGCAGAGAAUGAAGCAGUGCGUUUGGAGCUUCAAAAACAACUAGAGGCCACAGAGAAAGAGUUGAAGCAGGUUCAGGAGCUCUUCGAUGAAGCGGCAGAUAACUGUUUGAACCUUAAAAAACCUGUUUAAUCAAAUUGCCAAACACACAUGGUACUGGAGUUCCCUUCUUAUGAUGUGGGGGUUGAGCAGCAGCAGAGACAUUCUUUGAGCUGUGGGUCUUUGUAUAUUGAGUUUUUGGGAACCUGAAGUUCCAAAUUAUGCGUGAUUUGUAGUGACAUUCGAUAGUUUCAACGUAAAAAAAAAGCUUUCAGCA